UUCAUUUGGUCUAUUUCGCCAUCAGUUGUUGAUUUAAGUGGAUUUUCUGGAAAUACAGUCACUGUUCCUAAAGGAAAUAUUCAGCUUGGAAGUGCCUACGCUAUUUCAGUCACUGUGUCUGUAAGCAGUGAUGAGAGUAAGUGGAGUAAUGCAUCGCUUACCAUUGGAGUUAAAAGGACGAGUCUACAGGCUGUAAUCAGUUCUUCAAACCUGGUAGUCGGAGACAAGACACCGUUCAAACUAGAUGGCGCUCUAUCUUUUGAUCCAAGCAACGCUGUUGGUGAUCUUCAGUUAUUAUGGUCGUGUAGUGACCUGGUGACCACUAAUGCGUCAUGCUUUGGAACUAGUCUGUUGGUCAGUGACCAGGUUCUCACUGUACCAGCAGGAUUACUUCUACCCAGCACAUACUUCAUUACACUAAAAGUUUCCAAAGACGUUCGCUAUGCAGAAACUCAAGUUACAGUUACUAUCCGCAAUGGGGAGCUACCUGUUAUCUACAUCAAGAGUCAGAAGUCCGGUCGGAUAAAUCCAAACGAAAGACUUGUUAUAGAAGGAUUCGUGACCAGUCGAGCCAAUGUAACAAUUUAUUGGGAGGUUGUGGUAGAGAAAGAAUAUUCUCUUCCAUCUCUGAACGGAGUGACGUCAUCAGUAGUGCCAAGAUAUUACAGUUCUUCUUUGGUCGAUCGUCCACUUCCACUCCUGAUUCCAGCUGUUAAUGAGAGAUGGACAGGACUUCUAGGUGGCGCCCUCUAUAAGUUUCGGCUGACAGCAGAUCCACUGGAUGGAGGAGAACCAGGUUAUGCUGACGUUACUAUAGAGACAAAUAAUCCACCUGUUGGAGGUAGACUCGAGGUGGAGCCAAAUUCUGGCUUUCCGUUAACUACAAGCUUUACUCUGGAUGCUACAGAAGGUUGGGUAGAUUAUCCACAAGACUAUUCAUUGUUGUAUGCCUUUUCUUAUCGCCUCAACGAAAAUGACGUAUACACUCCUAUCGUUAGUAUUACCGGAGCGCCACCAGUGGUGGAAAACGUUAUUCUUCCUGGAGGCGACCAAACCCGGGCUCUGUCCGUUGCUAGGGCAACAGUUCUGACCCUGAACAGCGAACAAUAUGGAGAAUUAGCAGUUCGGUCACAAACUUUGUUCCAAGAUGUUGUAGACAACAUGGCCGAAAGUUACUUAACUGGAUUGGAGGUGGAUUCCACUAGAAGUGUUCUAAUCAAUGACGUUCUUAGUUUUAUGGAAGUCACCCAGUUAACGAUCCAACCUAAUUAUCUUCGUGAGAUCACUCAAAACAACCUAAAGGAUUUGACGGUCUCUCUUGUACAAGCUCUAAGUAUGUCCACUACAAUUAGUUCAGGGCCAAUGAGAAGACUUCUAAUUUUGGAUAAAAGAGCCACGAGAACGAAGCGCCAGAGUGAGUUGUAUGCGUUACCUAUAGCUCCAACACAGGUUAACGUCAUGUUAGGGAUGGACACUAUGAUAACCUCGGCUGAUCCUAGUUUAUCAACUAUGCUCCUUGAGAAUGACAUCAUCAACACUUACCAAACGUGGUCGUGUGACUCUGUCGUCUGUUACGGAGCAUGUGUUGGUUCAGCAGAGGUCGCUCGUGAGAUAGCGACUGUGAUUGGUGGGAGCGUUCUUUUAGGCCCCCUAUCGCAAGUUCAAUUCUUUAAUCCAAGAACUGGUCAACAAAUGCUUGUGGAAGAUCUUUCAUCUCCAGUACGUGUUACAGUACGAGUUGAAAAGAUAGAAACUGACAAUGGCCAAGUUAUAAUGUGUGGAAUAUUCGACCUGCUCUCCAAAAGUUGGAACACUGAUGUUUGUGUUACAGCAAAGUUUGAUCCAGACUCAAGAUUCUUGACUUGUGAAUGUUAUGCUCUUGGUUAUAUCGGGGCUAUUGAACAAGAAUCUCCAACAACAAGGAAAUUAACAACAGUCUACUCUACGGAGGGACUUUUAUUUGACGUAGAAACCGAAAAAACAUCAAAUGAACCUACCACCACACACUUACCCACAAGUACCGGUGAACCUACCACCACACACUUACCCACAAGUACCGGUGAACCUACCACCACACAAUUACCUACAAGUACCGGUGAACCUACCACCACACAAUUACCUACAAGUACCGCUGAACCUACCACCACACAAUUACCUACAAGUACCGGUGAACCUACCACCACACAAUUACCUACAACGACGAUUAAAUCUACCACUACAGAGUUACCUAUAACGACGAAUGAACCUACCACUACAGAGUUACCCACAACGAUGAAUGAACCUACCACUACAGAGUUACCCACAACGAUGAAUGAACCUACCACUACAGAGUUACCCACAACGAUGAAUGAACCUGCCACUACAGAGUUACCCACAACGAUGAAUGAACCUGCCACUACAGAGUUACCCACAACGAUGAAUGAACCUACCACUACAGAAUUACCUACAACGACGAAUGAACCUGCUACCACAGAGUUACCCACAACGACAGCUGAAAAUAGUGCAUCCGAGUCUUCAAGUACCACAACCAUACAACCACCAGAAGCUCCCCAGCCAAUCACCGCUCGAUUUGCUGACAGCCUUGACAAAGUUCUUAUAACGUUUUCUGACAGUCUUCGUCCCGAGGGAUUGGUCAACUGUAGUAACGUGUUCAACCAAUCAAAUCUGUUGGGAGAAGAUCCUACUUGUGUCAGUAUAGCAAACACACUGACAAUUCAGCUUGGAAGAGAACCUGAUCUUAUACCUGAUGACGUAUUAACCUUUCUGCCUGGCAACGGACUCUACAACCGAGAUGUUCCUCCUGAGUUAGGGUUAGAAGCCACUGGAAUGAUUACGGUAGAAGAGGCAGUCAGUCCGUUUACUCCAUAUUUUGAACUGUUCGGCCCAAGAGAGGUUUGUGGAGGAAACAUUAACAUCACAGUAACUGACGUCACAGCUGACGGAUGCCAUGAGAUGGAUUACUUCCAGACUAUUCUACCGACCGAUACUUCAGAUAUGACCAUAUACUUUGGACUUCACAACUUGCAAAGAGUGAUCUCACAGCAGUCACCAGGUGGGGACCCGAAACUCUUGUCAUUUCCGAGUGAACAGCUAAAGGAAGACAUUGAUUACGUGGUGAUAAUGACAGCCACAAAUCGUUUCGGUGGUGAAUCUUAUCUUCCAUCCGUCCACCGGAUUAGACGUACAAAUAACCCAUUAGCACUAACCAUACACGGUCCGACAGUUGUUGAUGCUCAGCGUGACGUCACGUUCACUGUUACUGUUGACAUCUGUGGAGAGAUGAACAUGACGACAUCAAGUCUUCAAUUCUAUUGGUCUAUUUUUCCAUCACUCAUUGACUUAAGUGGAUUUAAUGGAAUUACAGCCACUGUUCCUAAAGGGUAUCUUCAACUUGGAAGUAUUUACAAUAUUUCGGUCACUGUGUCUGUAAGCAGUGAUGAGAGUAAGUGGAGUGAUGCAUCGCUUACCAUUGGAGUUAAAAGGACGAGUCUACAGGCUGUAAUCAGUUCUUCAAACCUGGUAGUCGGAGACCAGACACCGUUCACACUAGAUGGCGCUCUAUCUUUUGAUCCAAGCAACGCUGCUGGUGAUCUUCAGUUACAGUGGUCAUGUAGUGACCUGGUGACCACUAAUACGUCAUGCUUUGGAACUAGUCUGUUGGUCAGUGACCAGAUUCUCACUGUCCCAGCAGGAUCACUUCUAACCAGCACGUACUUCAUUAAACUUCAAGUUUCUAAAGACACUCGUAAUGCCAUGAGUCAAACUACGGUUACUAUCCGCCAGGGGAAGCUACCUGUUGUCUACAUUAGAAAACAAAAAGCUGGAUUGAUAAAUCCCAACGAAAGACUUGUUGUAGAGGGAUACAUCACCAGUCGAGCCAAUGUAACGAUUCGCUGGGAGGUCGUAGUAGAAAAAGAAUAUGCCAUUGCUAAUCUUGAAGGAGUGACGUCAUCAGUAAUACCAAGAUAUUACAAUUCGUCUUUGGUAAAUCGUCCAUUAGCACUUCUGAUUCCAGCUGUAAACCGACAGUGGGCGGGACUCUUAGGUGGCGCCCUCUAUAAAUUUCGGCUAAUAGCAGAUCCAAUGGAUGGUGGUGAAUCAGGUUAUGCUGACGUAAUUAUAGAGACAAAUAAUCCGCCAAUAGAAGGUAGACUUCAGGUGGAGCCACUCACUGGUUUUCCAUUAACUACACCUUUUACUCUGGAUGCUACAGAAGGUUGGGUAGAUUCUCCUGACGACUAUUCACUGACGUAUAUCUUUUCAUAUAGCCUAUCUGAAAAUGACGUUGAUACUCCUAUCAUUAGUCUUAGUGGAGCGCCCUCUAUUGUAGAAAACGUUAUUUUUCCUGGAGUUCCAGGCCAGACUACUGAAGUUAUAGUUCAAGUCAAAGUAUGUGACAUUUGGGAGUCAUGCAGAAUCGCCAAGAAAAAAGUAUCCAUCCAAACCUUGCCUUUCUUAUCAGCAGAUGGCUUCGAUCUGAUAAAUAAAACCGUACUGGAGUAUGUGAAUCAAGGUGAUUAUACUCGUGCUCUGUCAGUUGCUAGGGCAACAGCAGUAACACUGAACAAUGUCCAGUUUCAGGAGUUAGGAAAUCGGUCGCAGAAUUUGUUUCAGGAUGUGGUGGACAAAAUGGCCGAGGGUUAUCUAACUGGAUUGGAAAUGCCUAUCAGUUCUGUGCUUACGAACGACGUUCUCAGUCUUUUGGCGAUCGCUCAGACGACGAUUCAGCCUAGCUCUCUUCGUGACGUCACUCAACAAAACUUGGCGGAUGUGACGUUCCUUCUAGUACAAAGUUUAAGUGGGUCAGCACCCAUGAGCUCUUGGCCAAUGAGAAGGCUUCUUGUAACGGGAAAAAGAGCCAUACGAAAAAAACGUCAGACUGAAUCGUAUUUGUUGCCUAUCAGCCCAGUGAAGGUGAACGUGAUGUUGGGGAUGAACUCUAUGAUAACCUCGGCUGAUCCUAGUCCAUCAACUGUAGAAAAUCUGUUUGAUUCUAUAAACAUGUACUUGAGUGGAAUGUGUCAAUAUCUUGUUGUUGGAGAAGAUCCUGCUAUCAUCUGGACCACUCUUGUUGCUCUUCGUAGUGAAAAACUGGAGUUUGAUUCAUUGGUGGGUCGCAGUACGAACUUAGCAUUCCUGGACACUGGUCAGAAUAGUCACUGGAUGAUUUUUGGCAGUGACCUCAUCAACACUUACCAAACAUGGACAUGUGAUUCAGAAAUUUGUUAUGGUGCAUGUGUUGGUUCGGCAGAGGUCGCUCUUGAGAUAGCGACUGUGAUUGGUGGAAGUGAUCUCCUCGGCCCCCUGUUGCAGAUUCAACUUUUUAAUCCAAGAACUGGUCAACAGAUGCUCGUGGAAGACCUUUCAUCUCCAGUAACUGUGACAGUACGAGUUGAGAACAUAAAAACUGGCAGUGAUCGAGUUGUAGCGUGUGGAUUGUUCAACCUCGCCACCAGGAGCUGGAAUACGGAUACUUGUGUUACAAUUAAUCAUGACCUAAAUACAGGAAUCUUAACCUGUGAAUGUACUGCCCUCGGUUACGUUGGAGCCAUUUUAGGGGAUAUCAAAACAACAACUUUACCAUCAACAACGGCUGAAUCAACCACUACAGAUGUACCAACAGUGUCACUUGAACCCACUACCACGAUAGUUCCUUUUAGACUGAUCCUUCCUAUUCUGAUAAAGCUGAACCACAGCUAUAAUACUCUCGUGGAAGGGAGAGAAAGUGCUUUUAUUGACAAUAUAUCCAAACAAUUGGCUACAUAUGUUGGAACGUCAACCAGAAGAAUGCAAGACACAGUAGUUUGGUCAGGUGAAGGAGGAAUCAAGUAUUCCUUUGCCUUGUGGAGUGAGGAGAACCCUUCUGAGAUUGCGCAACAGGAGCUACAGGAUGCUGUGGACAGCUUGAUCAAACAGCACAAAGAAGGAGCAAUAACACUGUAUGAUGAAGGUGGAAAUGUACUGGAUGUGGACUACAUCAUGUAUAACUACAUUAACACCUCUCCAGUUGCCAUGACGACUACAGCCAUGUCCCAGGAAUUUGAAAAAUUGAUUGAGGUUUCAACAGUUUCUUCCUUAACAACCGUACAAUCACCAGAAGCUCCUCAGCCAACCACAGGUCGAUUUUCUGACAGCCUUGAUAGAGUUCUUAUAAAGCUUUCUGACAGCGUUCGUCCAGAAGGAUUGGUCAACUGCAGUAGCUUGUUCAACCAAUCAAGUCUGGACUUGUUGGGAGAAGGUCCCACGUGUGUCAGUAUAGCAAACACGUUGACAGUUCAGCUUGGAAGAGAACCUGAUCUUAUACCUGAUGACGUAUUAACCUUUCUGCCUGGUAACGGACUUUACAACCGAGACGUUCCUCCAGAAUUAGGGUUAGAAGCUACUGGAACGGUUACAGUAAAAGAGGCAGACAGUCCGAUUAUUGACUAUCAGCCUAUUAAAAAGAAUUCCAGACAAAAUUAA